AUGCCACGCUCAACGCUUACUUCGCAGGCACUACCAGCAGAGGUACAAGCCCUGCUCACACGCGAUACAGCUUCAUUACCGUCGCUUCGACCCCAAAAGCUCUUCUCACCCGAAGUCAAACCCAUCAUCUCCUCUCUCGCUCACCCACUCCCUGUGCUUGGCAUCCUGCAUCUGCUCAACGACGACAUUGAAUCCGCACACUCACUCGUCCAGGACGACGACUCGAAUCGCGACUCGAACCUGAUCCAUUCCAUUCUGCAUCGGCGCGAAGGCGAUUUUUGGAACUCGAAAUGGUGGCUCAAUCAGUUUUCCCACCCAUUCCUCGGCGAGCUUUACGCUGAGAAAGAGCUGGAUGGCAAGACGGGCGCCAAGCAAUUUGUCGAUAUGGUCCAACGUAUCACGUCAAAAGGAGCCGCGACGGCAUGUGCAGCACAGCGCGAUGUCAAGGAAGCCAAAGAAUGGCAGUGGAAGGAGCAUUCGAGCCUAGCGAGAUAUCUGUUCAAGCAGUACAACGUUGUCGUUGCUUAG